GAGGAUGCACACAAAGUGUGACUGAGUUUAGAAACAAACAUAAAGAUUGUAAAUUAGUCAAAGCUGAAGAAUCCACGGGUCACAAUGAAGACUGUGAUGUUUCUGACUCUCCUGGGAUUAUUCCUACAUGACACGACGGCAGUGACUCACUCUCUGCAGUAUUUCUACACGGCAUCGUCUGGAGUCCCAAACUUCCCAGAGUUUGUGGCUGUUGGGAUGGUGGAUGAUUUUCAGAUAGAUUACUAUGACAGUAACAUCAAGAAGGAUGUACCCAAACAGGACUGGAUGAACAAAGUCACAGAAAGAAAAGCAGACUACUGGGAGGGGGAGACUGUAAAGUGUCAGGGUACCCAGCAGGCCUUCAAAGCCAACAUUGACACUGCAAAGCAGCGCUUCAACCAAACUGGAGGUAUCCACAUUUUCCAGAACAUGUACGGCUGUGAGUGGGACGAUGAGACUGAAGACAUCAAUGGUUUUGAUCAGUUUGGUUAUGAUGGAGAAGACUUUGUCUCGCUGGACUUUAAGACAAUGACCUAUGUAGCUCCUACACCUCGGGCUGUCUUCACCAAACACAAGUGGAAUAAUGACAAGGCUUGGUUAGAGAAUAAUAGGAAUUACCUCACCCAGAUUUGCGUUGACUGGCUGAAGAAGUAUGUGGACUAUGGAACGAGCUCUCUGAUGAGAACAGACCUCCCCACAGUGUCUCUCCUCCAGAAGUCUCCCUCCUCUCGGAUCACCUGCCACGCUACAGGUUUCUACCCCAACAGAGCCGUGAUGUUCUGGAGGAAAGAUGGAGAGGAGCUUCAGGAGGACGUGGACGUUGGGGAGAUCCUCCCCAACCCCGACGGAUCCUUCCAGAUGAGUGCUGACCUGGAACUUCCCUCUGGAGACUGGGAGAAGUACGAUUGUGUGUUUCAGCUGUCUGGUGUGAAGGAGGACAUCGUCACCAGACUGGAGAAAAGAGAGAUCAAAACCAACCACGUGGAUAACACGAUCAUCGGCAUUGGCAUCGCUGUGGGUGUUCUUCUCGCUGUCAUCAUCGCUGGCAUUGGAUUCCUGAUUUACAAGAAGAGAGCACCCAAACGCCCUCCAUCUCCCGCCAGCGACUCUGGUGUGGAACAAAGCAUGCUUCCCAAUCCAUCAUCCUAAAAGACAAAGACACCAGCCUGAACUCAGUUUAUGGAGACAUUUUGCACUGAAGCAAUGAGCAGAUGUAGAAAUUUCUCUGGUGCUUCAUUUGCUCUUCAUCAUUGAAGACAUAAACUGAUCAGUGAAGAAUUUGAUUUUUGAUUUUUGAUUUGAUUCUUAUUGAUUGAAAAAACAAAGAAAACAAGUUUGAAAAUGUGUUGACAAAUUCAUUAGAAAUCAUCUCAAACAUGAAGGUUGACAUUUGAUAGUUUUGGAUUAAAAAUAGGUUUCUCAUGUGACAAAAAGAGUGAAAAAAUACUAAAAUAUAGUUUAGUGCUGAUUUUUGUUGUCACCUAAAGAGAAGUGAAACUAGAUGAAUUUGUGAUCACAUCACAGCGCUCUUUAAACAUUCAUAACAGAAACGUGUGAGUUGAUUUAAACAAAUCCAUCAUAGUGUGUGUUAAAUCCGUCUGGUGUUGGGAGCUUUGUGCUAAAAUAAAUGUUUGUAAUAAAGAUGUUAAUAUUCAUACAUAACCACACAGCACAGACAUGCCUUCACAUUUUCUCAUCUCUCCUCAUACCAUCCUGUUUUAUUCUAAUAUGAACGACAAGAGUCCAGAUUGUUGUCCAGCAGCAUAUUUGAGCUUUUUGAUGUGGAGAAAGCCGUUCUUUGGUUCUCUGCUUGUUUGACCAAAUGGAGCAACACAACAGAUCAACAUCACAAACAUGAAUUGUGAAUUUAGCUCCCUAAAUUGUGUGUUUGGAGCCCCAAAGCGUGCCAAGUGUGAGUGAAGAUGGUGGUCUUCUCCACUGAUAAACUGUCCUCCAUUGAUCCUCUGAUGUGAAAUCAGUUUGACUCCAGGUUCCUGUGAGUUUUGGAAGGACUUCUUCAAUAGUUUCUAAUUCAUUGGACAGAGGUUUGAGCCUGAUUACUACUCCAUUUAUAAAUGAAGGCUAAAAGAAACUUCCAGAAAAUGUCUGAUUCAAUCAAACAUAACAGCAACAUGAGCAAUGAGAGCGUCAGUCUUCAAAUAAAAGCCCAUCAGAGUUGAAGGCUCAGUCUCUUACUAGCCUGGUGUUAGUGGACAUUUGAAAUGCAAAGGCAGGCCUCAGUUAGAGAGCCCUUUGGGUUUAGUGUUUAAAUAGCAGGCAGAUGAAAAUCAAGAGACUUUUGUUCACAGGUAAAUCUUCUUUCUGCUGUCAGUUCAACAGUUGAUAGUCUUUGGCGUCUUUCUAGUGUCUGAGUUGAGUUUGAAAACAGUUGAAUGUUGGUCUAAUGUUGAUGACUUUCCCAUAUAAAGGCAGAGUCAUUUCAUAGAUGGAGCUUAAUAAAAGCCCGGGCUGUUGAUUGAAGUUUUGCCUCUGUUGUAUCUCUGGACUCACACUCACACAAUACACACCUUACACACAUUUGUUUUCCAGUUCAAGUUGUAAAUAUUUCUGCUUAUUUCUGUCACAUUCAUGAAAUGUAUUGUUUGAAAGCAGGAUCAAGUGAACUGUAAUAAGUUUGUUUUUUCAUGAUGAAUUGUGACUCCUUUGUCUUUCCUUCAUUAAUAUCUCUGUUUUCCUUCAGUUUAAAGGCUUCAGAGGGAUGAAUUGAACUGAUGUGUUGAUGCAUUUUUAUUUGCACUGAGACUUUAAAGGGCUGUGGGAUGUGAAAUUUUCUAUCAGAGCUUGCUGCAGGUAUUUGUCUUUUUCUGUUUAGGAAGAUUUUGUGUUUUAUUUUUAGCUGUAAACUAAUCAAGUGUGACAUCUUUGCUGAAAAUCAUUGAUUGUGUUUGGAAAUGUUUAAAUUCUCGAUAAAGUGGCCUUGAUUUGGUUUAUUUUUGUAUUUGAAUUUUGUGUUGAUUAAAGCCCCUAAAAAUCUU